CAUGUGUUAUGAUGGAAGGCUACACAAAUCACUGAGCCGAGCAGUGCCCAGAUACACAGGGAUGUUUACCAGCAUGUGGCACUAGCAGUGCUUCAGAUGCCAGGAAGACUGCCUCCACCAGUCUCUCUCUGACUAGCAGACGGAUUCCAGGACCGAGCAGACGGAUGAAUUUUUGUGUCUUUAGACUUAGUGCUACUGUGAUAUUUGUAUGAAGGUAUAUGGCAGGCGGUGUAGGGAGCUUGUACUACUGAAACGCUCACUAGUUUGUAUCAGCUGGGACGUUCCGCGGGUUAUGUGAAUGAAAGAAUUCUGAUCUGUUUUGAUUCAUGACUGUGUGAUGUCUUCAUGGCGGUGCUACCACAGGAGGUGACACACCGAUGACUUUUAUGUGAGAGAAGAGUGUUCGCAUCAGAUUUGUUGACAGAAGUGUUCAGUUUAUGAACAGCUUGGGCCUUGUUUCAUAACACUGUAGCACAAAAUCAUUACCAGGAGCUCAUUCUCUCUGCUAUUGUGUCCCUCCAUCCAGCCUAAUUUCUCUCGUUACUGCACAGACUAACAAGCUGAAUGGAACUUGUGUUAAAGGAUGUACAGUACUGCACUUCAUUUCACUGAGGAGAUUUUCUUACAGGAAAUAGCCACUAUCAAACACUGAACUGAUUGUCAUGAGGAUUUAAAGGAAUGUAUUGGAAAGAAUAUGAAAAGGGUUUCUAAUUUUCUCUGAUUAAAUAACAGAGACAUGCUUUCGAAGUGAAACUUGCCGGCGUGCGUUAUCUCAUACUGGGAACGCUGAAUGCAAGAGAGACAAGCGGAGGAUAUAGAAUACCCAGCUCUCGGGGGAAUCAGGAAAGUGGAAGCAGAAGGCGCUACAAGAAGAGAACGCCAGCACAUUGGCAGAUGAAGGGGAGUGCGAGGGUGUUACGAGCCUCGUGUCGUGCCUUCCUCACUGCUUCUUAACUGUUAGCAACAUCGUAAAAGAGCGGAACUCUUCCUCAAGCCUUUGUCAACACUGUACAGCAAAAGGCAAAAUCUAUUCUGUGCACAUCGAAGAUUGAUUCAUUGACAGUUGGUAUUGUGAAGGAAAUUUAAUGAGCUUAGCCUGGCUGGGUGAAGCCAAGUGUAUGAAUGGUUAGCACAGGACGAGCCUUCUCCAGAGACACAAAGGCUGUUUAGGGCUGAGUUUGCCGUAUUUUUUCCCUACUGAUAGCUUGAGUGGUCACUGCGAGGUGAGCCCUAGUCUAGAGUGUGGCUGACUCAUGGCUUGAGGACUGUAUCCUAAUGGAUUUGUGUUGAGCUACGUGACACUGUCAACCAAAACGUUACAUAGGAGUUACAUACUUGGAGAACUACAGAAAGAUGAGUGGCCUAGAUGUCGUCGGUGCUUGCCGAAUCUAAGGGCUGGCUAGGCUGUGCCAAAGCCGUAAUACUGAAAAAGGAUGCGUCGAGUGACCACACUGACCACAGCAUCAUGAGACGGGCUCGUAGGCUGUGGCUUGUCGGGAUCCCACUGACGCUGUUCUUCUAUGUGGUGUUUUACUGCAACAGCGCCAUUUGGGAGUCUCUCAACAUCAACACACAUCCCCUUGACAACAUCAUCACGGGUAGUGGAUUCCGCAAGCUACUUGAGGAACGUGCACGACUUGCUGAAAAAUUGCACUCGGGGGAGAAAAUGCAGCGAUUGCCGCAGUGUAUUAUCAUUGGAGUUCGAAAAUGUGGAACAAGGGCUCUGUUAGAAUUUUUGGACCUUCACCCCACUGUGGAAAUUGCCCAAGAAGAGGUCCAUUUCUUUGACGACAGAGACAACUAUGGACAAGGCCUUAAUUGGUAUUUGAAGAAAAUGCCGAUGACAUUAAGCAACCAGUACACUGUCGAGAAGACUCCACGAUAUUUCAUUGAUCCAAGUGUGCCAGAUAGAAUUAAAAGUUUGAACAGCUCAAUCAAACUGUUGGUGAUUUUACGAAAUCCAACGACUCGUGUGGUGUCGGAUUAUACCCAAAUAUACUACAACAAACUGGCCCGAAAUGAGACACAUGAAGAUUUUGAGAGGCUUGUUCUUGACCCUUUUACUGGGGAGAUUAAUGUUCAUUACAGGGCGAUCCAGAUCAGUAUUUAUCAUCAGUUUUUUCCGAGAUGGUUUUCCACAUUUUCCAAGGAACAAAUUCACAUUGUGGAUGGGGACAACUUAAUAGUGGACCCUGUCUCCGAAAUCUCUCAGAUUGAAAAUUUUCUUGGGAUUGAAAACCGGAUAACGUACAACACGUUAUAUUUCAACAAGACUCGUGGAUUUUACUGUAUGAGGUUCAAUAAGACAGCGGAGAAGUGUCUGGGUGCGAGUAAAGGACGGAAGCAUCCAGAUUUGGAACCAAGUGUGAUUAAAAAAAUGAAAAGGUUUUUUCGUCCCCACAAUGAAAGACUAUUCCGAAUAUUAAAGAGACGGUUUAAUUGGAGUUAACUGGAAGAAGGUGUUGCAUUGUGGGAAUACUAGGGAUAUGUGUAUGUGUGAAUGUGUGUUUAUAAGCUGAGCUCAGACUAUUGCAAAUACUGACAUAUAUAUCAGGAUGGGUUGAAGCUGCUUAAUAUUUAGGCAGUAUUUUCCACUCACGGCGACCAAAUGACAUUUGGAAUCAGGAUGAAUCAUCUAAGACAUGCUUUAGAUAUGCAUCAUGCAAGUUUUCUAAAUAUACAAAAUUCAAAACAUUAUUCAUUGUACAAAACAUUUGCAGUCUCAUAUUAACUUAGGUCCAAAUUCAUAGACUGAUAUUUAAAAAAAAACCAAUUGUGCAGUGUAUAUUUAUUUUGAAAUUUGGUCAAAUGAAGCUGAAAUUAGCUGAAUAAAGUUAAAUAUUUUUAUUAAUUUAGCAUAGGUCAAAACUCAUAGAAUGAUAAUUUCUAAAGAACAAUUGCUGUUUAUUUAUUUUGAUAUUCUGUCAAAGGAAUCUAAAAUUAGUUGAAUUACUUUGCAUAUUUUUAUUAUCUUUGGUUUUUAAAUUCAAAUGGCUGUUGUGUAAAUGGAAGGGGUGCUUGUAAAUAUUUGGUAUAUCAUCUGGUUUUAUAACAAAAGUAAUGCAAGAACUGAGCUCAAGUGACACAUUGUUGAUUCUGUGGGAUGGUAAUUUAUUUAUAAUAUAUCUAGUCAUGUGGACAUACCCUCAUCUGCAGAUUUGUCUUGCAGUCUUUCUUGUGUAACAAAUAAACUAGGCUUGAGACUCAUCCGUUGUCCUUCCUUUGUCUUUGUUAUGUAACUCUGAAAUUGUUUCAAAUACACUCUAUAUCUCAAAUGCUUAUCCCACAAGGUGGCUCUAUCUGUCUUAUCUUUUCUUUGCGUUUUCUCAAAGAUCUUUGCGUUGUAGAUCUUCCCUUCUGAAUGGUAUAACAGUUUCAUUUAGAUCUAUCAAUAACACCUCAAGCAUUCAGAAGCAGCACCCUGAACAGACAAUAGGUGUAUGUAAAGUGUGAGUGCUCGCUUUAUGUUUGGUGAUUGACAGAUGUGUCAACUAGUUCUUCUAUGGGUCAAAAUACCCGCAAAGGGUCAGUAGGUGCCAAAAAAUAAUUUACAACUCACUUGACAAGUACUUGAUGCUUGUAUUUAUUCAGGAAUCUGAUCCCAGCAUAGUUUAUUCCGUGGGGGCACAAGGUACUCCUACUAAACAUGAUUGAAUUGAUGUUAAGAAAAUUGUCAUUGACAUUAUUUACUUUUUGUGACUCGUGUUAAUAGCAAGUAACUUAUUUCACUCAGGCCUUGGCUGGGAUAUGGAUUUAUGUGCCUCAAUAUUAAUCUUCGUCUAUAGCUGUACAGGAAACUCCUUGAUAAAAUUUCAGAAUCAAACCAAUUCAUGGUUUGUGAGACUUUAUGGACUUGAUAAGUAAGGCACGAGUUUGGAUGUAGCAGUCUUUUCACACUUGCACAUACUGUGUCAGCUAAGUAGAAAUGAUUUUGUCUUCAAAUGAGGUAACACAUGGUAAAUAUGAAACGUAUACACCAAAGAAUGAUCAGUCUUACCUGCAAAAAUAGGUACCAUUUGGCAUAAAAGGCAUAAUAAAUGUGACAUUUGUAUGAGUAAUGACUGAAAAUCAGUGAUGACACCAGGUGUUCGAACAAAGGGUCAGCAUAAUAUUUACUGGUAACGUAAAAGAAGUGUCCGUCCACUCAUGUCCACGUGUCCACAUUACCCAGCGGGUUCAUCUGACAGGAAACUGCUGAAAUGCUAAGAUAUUCAAUCUUUCAAUUUCAACGCCCAACAUUGCCGAUGUACUUUAGCAAGGUAUUUUGAUAUUUGGAAACUAUAGAAGGCUGUCUAUGUCCAAGGAUGUAUUUGACUCUCAAAAUUACAACAUGAUGAGACAUUGGUCAUCCCUUGCUUGGUUUUAAAGGUAAAAUUAUUUGGAGUUUUCGAAAAGAUUUUUAUGAACAUGGUUAAACUAUAUAUCUUUUGUGCAUACAUAAGGUCAUUGUGUGGGUAGAUAUUUAUGUGAAUACUGUACAGAAAGUGUUAAUGUGCGGGGGACAUCUAAAAUUGGGAAUAUGAUUCAGUCUGAAAUUCUUUACAUUUCUAAAUAGGAAUCGCAAUGGAAAUAUUUUGUAUGCACAAUUAGAAGUAAUGUUGUGAAAACAUUUUUGAAACAUGAAUUAUAAGAGCUUAUGAAUUAUAUUAAAGGAAAAUUACAUUUUUAUUGUACUUGGUGAGGUAAAGUGUGAUUUUUUCCGGAAAUAUUUAUUGUGACAUUUGUGAAAAACACUUCUCAGUUCUCAUUAAACCUGUUCAUUUCAUUCAAUGGCAUUCAUGAAAUACAGUCUUUUGAACAGCUGACAUAAUAAACACUGUGUCAAAAGUAUGAAAAAAGGUUAGAUUAAUGUUAGUUUUGGGGCAUCAUAUACUUGAUAUAUGCUUUCAAAACAAUCUAUGACAAAGCUGUAUAUAAGUAAACAUUGAAUUUUUGGUUUUCAAAUUUUAAGAAAAUGUAUUGGCUUGACAUGAACCCUUAAAAAACAUAUUGGCUUAAAAUAUAAAUGUUAUUUUGCUUUCAAAACAUUUUUUAAUGAUAAAAUAUCUCGAUGUUAUGGUUUACAAAUGGAACAAACAUUUGUGCAUCAGAAACUGUUUGAAUCAUAGCACACCAUCAGCAGAAUAUGGUCAUGUUAUAGUUCCUAUAAAUAUCAACCCAGUACUUAAACAAAUGAAGAAUAACCUUCAAUGUGUAGUCCGAUUGGAUUAUUUCCCUGUAUAUUUCGCGUGUAAUGCACAAGAUAUAUGUAACUGUGGCCCCUGAAUCUAGUCUAUUUCAUAUUGAUGUUUUGUUUUCAUGUGUCAAUCAGCUGUAUAUACCUCGCCUUGUAGGGACGUAACGCAAUCUUAGCUCAUGUACAUAUGCUCGUGGGAAGCAGUUUAUUAAUAAUAGACUGUGUCAUUAUCAUAAUAUGAAUAAAGAAAUAUUGAUGCCA